AUGGGCAAUCGGCUUGUAAUCCCAUCAUUGCUAUUUGUGAUACACUGUCUCCUCCUUUUAAUUUCCCCAUCUGCAUCAUCUUCUUUGUGCCAAAAUGAUCAAAGUCUCAUUCUUCUCCAAUUCAAACAAUCUCUCAUUGUAAGUACCCCACCCAUGGCCAUGGAUGCGUGUGCUUAUAAUAGUUAUGAUAGCCAGAAAUCCUAUCCAAGAACUUUUUCUUGGAAUAGUAGCAUCGAUUGUUGUUUGUGGGAUGGUGUUACAUGUGACGAAUCCACCGGCCAAGUGAUCGAGCUUGAUCUUAGUUGCAGCCAACUUUAUGGAACAAUUGAUUCCAACAGCAUCCUAUUCCGCCUUUCUUAUCUCAAAAAGUUAAACCUUGCUGGGAAUGAUCUCUCCGGAUCAUUUAGUUCACUACAUAAAUUUGGAAACUUUUCUUAUUUGACACAUUUAAACCUCUCUUCCUCAUACUUCUAUGGCCAAAUUCCUAUGGAAAUCUUGCGUCUUCCCAACUUAUACUCCCUCGACCUCUCUAAACUCAGUGAGGUAAUACUUGAACCUCCUAGUUUCAAGUUUCUCCUUCAAAACUCAACACAAAUAAGGGAAAUAGUUCUUGAUGAAAUACCUCUUUAUUCGACCAUGCCAAAAAAUCUCUCUUUUCACAUAACAACUUUGAGCCUUUCUCAAACCGUUUCUGACACAGGAUUACGAGGAAGCUUGCCAUCUAGCAUCUUUCACCUCCCAAACUUGAGAAAACUUGAUUUGAAUUUCAACUUUGAUCUCACAGUUGACAUUCAAAACAGCAGAUGGAACAGUAGUUCUUCCCUUACAUACUUAGAUCUUGGCUACACUACAUGUCCUCCAAAUAUUAUUGAAUCCAUUGCAAAUCUUAGCAGACUCCAGUACUUGGGAUUAGCGAGCUGUGGAUUAAGUAAUGAGGUCUCAGAGACGAUUAUAAAUCUUGAGCAACUCACGGGAUUAGACCUCUCAGAUAACUAUUUGGAAGGCAAGUUUUCUGAUCUCUCGUUUAUAAAGCUUUGGAGGUUGAAGAAGUUAUAUCUUUAUAAUAACAACAUCACUGGCAACUUCCCGUCUUCCAUCACCAACAUUACUCAGUUGCAGGUUUUAUCUGUUCCAGAAAAUUCACUGUAUGGAACACUACCCUCAUCCUUGUUCUCUAAUCUUUCUACUCUAUACAUCCUUAAUCUCGGUGAAAAUCGGUUUCAUGGACCCAUUCCACCAUCACUUUUCAAAAACAAGAAUUUGUUUGUUCUUGACCUUUCAUCCAACAAUUUCAGUGGUACUAUAGACGUUAGUGUGCUUUCAUACCUCCAAAGGUUGAUGGAACUAGAGCUUUCUAACAAUUGCAUAUCCCUAGUCUCCAACACCAAAACCAAUAAUGCUACAACUUGGUCUCCAAACCUCAAUUUCUUGGGGUUAUCUUCAUGCAAUUUGAAGACUUUGAGUUUUUUAAGAGAUUCAAAGUACCUUGUGUCUGUAGAUCUUUCCAACAAUAAAAUUCAAGGAAGAAUUCCUGAAUGGGUUUGGUCCAACCGGCAAUUGAUGGAUCUUAAUCUUUCCCACAACUACCUCACUAGUGGUGUGGAAGGAAUUCAACUUCUUUCACUUCAUACAAUUGAUCUUCGAUUCAACUUGGUAGAGGGGCCACUUCCCGUUCUGUUGGGUCCUUUGGGCAUUUUUCUUGCAUCACAAAACAAAUUCAGUGGGGAGAUACCUUUGACUUUUUGCAAUUUAAAGUAUAUUUCCUUUCUAGACUUGGGAAACAACAAUUUAAGUGGUACGAUCCCACAAUGUCUUGGAAAUGCAAGCAAGUAUUUGGAGGUAUUGGAUAUGCAUAACAAUGAGUUUGGUGGUUUCAUUCCUCUAACUUUUUCCGCAGGAAAUCAAUUACAAACUCUUAAUGUGCGAGGAAAUAAGUUAGAAGGAAAAAUUCCUCUAUCCUUGGUCAAUUGUAUUAACUUGGAAGUUCUCGACCUUGGAAACAACUACUUCAAUGAUAUACUCCCUCAGUGGCUACUGAAACUCCCAAAAUUACAGGUACUUAGUCUGAGAUCUAACAACUUCCAUGGUACCUUAGCCACUUCAAUUACUAAAUCCAUCUCCUCUCAACUAAAGAUCAUUGAUCUCUCUCACAACGAGUUCACUGGACAUUUGCCAAUGGAGUUGUUCCAGAGUCUUACUGCUAUGAAAAACACUGAUGGCGAAGUUGGAAAGGCACGAAGCUAUUUUGGACAAAGAACCUACUACAAAGACUCUUUGGUCCUGGUCGUGAAGGGAAGCCAGCGUAACUUUGAAAGAAUCUUAACUGUGUUCACCACCAUUGAUCUCUCGAGUAACAAAUUUGAAGGGAAUAUUCCAGGUGCCAUAGGACAACUACAUUCCCUUCGAGGUUUGAAUUUAUCGCACAACAUGUUGUGUGGUAGUAUCCCUCAUUCUCUUAGAAAUUUAUCCUUGCUUGAAUCAUUGGACCUUUCUUCAAAUCAACUUGUGGGGGAGAUUCCAAAUGAGUUGGAAUCUAUUACAUUUCUUAGUGUUUUCAAUCUCUCCCACAAUCACCUUACGGGAUGCAUACCCACAGGAAAUCAGUUCAAUACUUUUGAAAACGAUUCAUAUGUAGGGAAUGAUGGCCUACAUGGAUAUCCAGUGACAAAAGGUUGUGGGAAUAAUGGUGUCUCAUCUCAACCACCUACACUACAAAUGCUCCCUCAAGAACACAAUGAGAGCAUUUUAGAUGGGUUUACUUGGAAAGCUGUGCUAUUUGGCUAUGGUUGUGGCAUUGCUUUUGGAUUGAUAGUGGGAAGUCUCAUGCUUUUAACCCAAAAGCCUUACUGGUUUACUAGAAUUGUUGAAGAAGAAGGAUACAAAAUUAUGAUGAAGGCCAGGAGAAAGAAGUCAAAGGGCAUUCUCGGUAACUUUUCUCUGAUAAAGGAAUUCACUUCAAAUUCAUUCAAGGAGUUGAUUUAUGUGUUAGACUAUUGGAUAGUUUGA